UAUUCUCUCGCAAACGCCCGUCCCAGCCGGACGUGUGUGCGUGUGUGGACCAGUGCGCGUAGCGUCGCCGUUCGGCCGUGUGCGGGUUUGUUUUGGGUAGCGCCCUUCAUCACAGAGGGGUUAAUUGAGCCAAUGUAAUUUGGCUAUAAUACAACAGUGCGAUAUAGUGUGUAACUUAUCCCGAAAACUCUCCAUUGUGCUUCGGAGAACGCGUUCAUUGUGUGUCAAACCAAAACAAUCAAAAAACGGUGCCCACUUUCACUCCGGAAGAUUAUUGUUUUUUUUUUUGUUGUUGCUGCAGCCUGCUGUGUUGUGUUUUUUUUUUCUAUCGCUGCUCACGCGGCUGUCACUGGAAUUGAGGUUGGAUGUGUUCCGUGCCGCGGGUGUGUCGCUGUGUGUUGCUGUGUGUGAACGGCAACAUUGUGCAUCGAGCUGAAUCAAACAUCAGUUUGUUUUUGCCACUUUCGAGGUGAAAUAGUGUGCAAUCGCAUGAUUUACCCGAGUGGUGGUACAGAACAAUCCGCCACAGCCGUGUUAGACAGAGUUUGUUGUUUUUCGGAGCUGAGCUUGGGGCGUGCUGUUUAUAGUUCGGUGUCGCCAAUUACCACGGCCGCCGGAAACGGUCGAUUUUACAACGAGGCCAGAAGCAGCAGCAGCACCAGACCCUCAGCAAACACUUUGUGCCGAAGCAUUCGAAACCUUACCCUUUGCCUGUGCGUGUGUGUGUGGUUUCAUCCCGUCCGCGGGUGCAUUUGUCUGCCCCCCAAAACCUGCCCGCUUUUGGAGGAAAAUGAAAAGCGCUGACGGUGAUGGGCGGAUGGGUUCGAACCCUGUUAUAGCCAGCUUAUCAGCCCCUUAACACGCGACGGUACAUCUGAAAAAGGAAAACGCAAGAACAGCCUUCUGUGGUGGCACAGCUGUCAAAAAAACAGGAAAAAACGCAACAAGUUUGUGCACCGACAAACCGGCACCGGCAUAAGUAGAACACAAUCAUAUACACACACACACCCAUCAGUCCGCGGCUUGACCGAUAGCGAUGGCCCAUUUUUCGCUCACCGAAAUGCCGACCGACCUGAAGGUGACGGAUACGUUCCCGAAGAGUGGCCGCGUAACGGAGGUUUGCAAAGAAUGGCUCGUGCGGGAGGAUGGUGCCUUAGCAUACCAGCUGCAGAACCAAGAGAUUAACGAACACUACAAGGGUAACAAACAGCGCAACCAAAUCGUGCGGCAGGACUUCCCCACCGCCCUGUCCGAGCAAAUCCGGGAGAAGGAGGAUGCGGAGCGGCAGGCAGCACUGUACCAUCAGAUGAUAAACGAGCAAGAGGAGAUGGACGCAAAGGUGGCACGCGAUAUUGCGGACCAGCUCAACCGGGAGGCGCAACUGAAGCGUCAGAUGGAGCUGCAACGAGGCGAACUGUUGGCCCGCAAGCUGCAAGAGCAAGCCGUGCUGGCGGAUCGUAGACAUCCGCCCGGAGCGGCGGGAAGUUCCGACAGGCAGCCACAGACCGCGCAGGAGCAAAACGCAUUCCCGCUUCCACCCCGUGCGCAUCCAAAGCCAAAGCCCGGACCGGCCACGAACGGCAACCAGGAGCACCCGGGAAGCUCCCACUUUAUGGCGCAUUCUCCACCGCCGUCCGCAGCGCAGCAAAGCAACGAGCCGCCGGGUCUGCAUUACGCCUCGUUGGACCUGAACGCCCCGAAACGUCCGCCACCGCAGCCCGUGUUUCAGAAUGGCCGGGCCGUACCGCUAAGUCCGCCUCACCAUGCCGCCACCGGGUAUCAGGAGCGGCUGGAAGUGUUUCCGCCUCCACCGCCGCCAGCAGCAGCAGCAGCCGCAAACUUCAACCAGUACUCGGACGACGAGGAACCGGUCAGUGGGGGACAGUACGCCAACAUAAACCUGCACUCGCACACGCCGGAGAAGAAGCAACCUCAACAUGCGCCACCGUACCGGCAGCAGCCGGGUCGCUCGUUACAGCAGCAAGCGGCCGAUCUGGUCGACAGCAUCCGGCCGUACGAUGUGCCGCUGUCGAACGAUGACUUUUCCUACCAGUAUCCACUGCCACCGACGGUGAACAACAUUUCCGCCCCUGCAGGCAGUAGAGCUGGUGGUGCAGUGCGGUACGGGGGUAAUAAUACUAAUAAUAAUAAUAUCGCCCCUUCGACAACGGAGGCCGACUAUCAGAACAAUACAAACUUUAACAAAAUGUCACCGGAAAAGUACGUGGCGCCGGCAGUGUCCUCAAGUCGUCAUGUCGCUCCCGAGGGGUACGGGCGACGAAACGAAGCUCCACCGCUGCAGCGAACGUCCGCCAACCCCAUCAACUACAAUCUGUACGAUGACGACGAUAUCGACGAGGCGCUGGCAGGCACGAGCGGGACGUUUACGGCGACGCCACUCAAUCAGCUGGGGCUGCCGGUUGAGGCGGGACCGAGCGGCCGGUACGCGAACGGUGGAGCGACGCCGAAGACGGGCCAUUCGCAUCACAACCACCACAACCACCAUCAUGCGAUCUACCAGAACCAACCUCAUUCGUCGCACGCUUCGCCGAGCCACUCGAAAGCGAGCAGCUACGACAAGACGGAUCGGAUCCGGACGCUGCAGGAGCUUGGGCUGGCGCCGGACGAGAUACAGGAGAUCGAUAUGCGGCUCGAGCAGGAGCUGCGCGAUGCGGAACUGGCCCGCAAGCUGCAAGAGGAGGAAGGCGGCACCGUCGAUCAGGAAUUCAUCGAUCGUAAGGUGGCGAUGGAGGCGCAAGACAAGGAGCUCGCCAAAAUGCUGCAGGAGCGGGAACGGGCCAAGGCAAAGCGAGCCCGCGAGAAGGCCCGACUAAAGAAGGAGCAACGGCUGCAGCAACAAAAGCAGGAGCAACGAGCGGAUGGCACCGUAUCGGAGGAUGACCCGGGUGCAGUUGGAGAAAUUGUUGCUGCUGCUGACCCAAACGCCGAUCCGGAUGCGAUCGUUGACGCUUCCUACUCCAACCCGAUCGAUAUGCUGCAGCAGCAGCAGCAACAUCAAAGGCCACCAAAGCUGAUCUCCCCGACCGGCUCUGCCGCCGGUGCGAGAGGAUAUUACGGUGCACCGGUGCCAGUACCGACGACGGACCAUCCACUGCACAACCAUCGCCAGCAGGGAAGCAUUUCAUCGCACGGCUCGGGCUCUGGCAGUAUCGGUAACGGGGCGCAGCAGGCAAACCAGUUCGCAGGGCCAAUCAGUGAUGAAAACUACUCCAACCCGGUCGACAUGAUUAAGCAGCAGAAGCAGCAACAGCAGCUACUGUUUCAGCAGCAACAGUUGUUACAGCAGCAGCAGCAGCAGCGUGGUGGACCGAACCUGAAGCUGUCCGCGAACGUACAGCGGUUAAUUGAGAAUGGGCGCAAGGACGAUGAAAUCUAUGUGCUGCCCGUUUCGCAGGAAGAUCAUCCGCCCAUGGAGCUGCCCCAGUCGCAGCGUACGCCACCGAGAGGUUCGAUGCAUCCGGCCAACGGUGGGCGGCACGUGUCAUCGCCUGGGUCAAGGAAUCAAUACCUGGACGAGAACAUCGCUGCAAAGAUUGAUCCCACCUUUGGCAGUGGUGCCGGUGGCAUGGGACACUCUCCAACCUCCACCGGGACUUCGUCUUCCGCCGCAAACGCAUCGCAACCAGACAUACUUGAAUUCUCCGACCCCGGGUCCUCUAGUCCAGUGCCGCCACCGUACAUGCCGAUACAGGGUACGCGCCGAACGAACGCGCCCGAUGGCAAGAAGCGCAAGUCGAAGGAACGCUGCGCACAGCAAUAAGCGAAGGGAAUUGACGACGCACGGGGAUGCCGUACACCAAACACUGCCCUUUUGCCGCGCAGGAGUACCGAGGAUGUAUCGAACCGCAUUUAUUACGCCGGCCGUCGGCCAGGCCGUGCUGCACUCCGAAGCCGGCAGUAUGUUGUGUGGAGUAUUUAAUUGCUAAAACAGCCCAGAGGAGGGAGCCUUUUUGGCAAGUUGGCAGCGCCGUGGUUUAAGCCUUAAGUUGUGCUUAACGUGUUUUGUGUGGUAUGAUUUUAAAUCUCACCAGCCGCAUGUAAUAUUUAUCGAACGUUGUGGAUCUGCGAAGGAAGGAGAAAUGAUGCUCAGAGCGUACCGUGUUUUGGUGCUCCGGCUCCGGCUCAGUGAAAUAUAUGUGUUUUAUUUUUCUCUUUUGUAAUAAAAGCAAUGAGUUGAUAUACAAA